ACUUAAAUUGGAAAGAAAUAUUGUGAGUCCCAAACGGUAACGUUUAUUUAGAAACAAACCGGAAGUUAGGGUGUUGUGUUUCUGGGUUCUUAACGCUUUCUAGAAGCUGCAUAGAAAAAGCCAGCUGAGUGCUGAGCAUCUUUCCAGGGAGGAGGAGGAGGAAGCACAAUGUUUACACCGUCCAGUUUUCUGGAUAAACAGCCAUAUAUCACCGCCGCCAUGCCGUAGAUAACCUGCCGGGACGUUUCGAUGAAGCCGAACAGGGACCGCAGCAAGGAGGAAGCGGGGUGGUUGUAACCGAAGGAGGGAGGAUGCAUUGGGCUGCUGGCUUCGCCUCUUCCCGGCCGUGUGUGGUUGAACUUGGGCGGAAUCACAGCCUCCCGCUCGAGCUGUGCGGCUCCGACCAGCAGCAGUCUUUGUAUGGCUAUAUCAUCGCCUUUCCUUUACAGGACUACGGAGGCAUCAUGUCGGCUUUGGGCUCGGACUCCUGGUGGAAGAAGACUCUGUACAUCACCGGGGGAGCCCUGCUGGCUGCUGCCGCCUACCUACUGCACGAGCUGCUCGCGAUCAGGAAGGAGCAGGAGCUGGACUCUAAAGAUGCCAUCAUCCUCCAUCAGUUCUCCAGACCAAAGAAUGGCGUGCCCAGCCUUUCCCCCUUCUGCCUCAAAAUAGAAACAUACCUGCGCAUGGUGGAUCUGCCUUAUCAGAACUACUUUGAUGGGAGGCUAUCCCCACAAGGGAAGAUGCCAUGGAUUGAAUACAAUCACGAGCAGGUGUCAGGGUCAGAGUUCAUUGUGGACUUCCUGGAGGAGAAGCUGGGAGUCAACCUGAACAAGAACCUCACCCCUCAGGAGAGAGCCGUGUCCCGGGCUGUCACCAAAAUGGUGGAGGAGCAUCUCUACUGGACAAUAGCUUACUGUCAGUGGGUGGACAAUCUGGAGGAAACCCAGAAGCUGCUGUCGAUGAGCGGGCCUCUGAGCGACACUCUAAAGUGGCUUCUCAGCCACCUGAAUGGCAGCAUGGUGCGUCGGGAGAUGUAUGGCCACGGCAUCGGACGCUUCUCCAAGGAGGAGGUCUACAUGCUGAUGGAGAAGGACAUGAGGACGCUGGCCACUCUGCUGGGAGAUAACAAAUACUUCAUGGGCUCGAAGAUGUCAACAUUAGAUGCAACAGUGUUUGGGCAUCUUGCUCAGGCUAUGUGGACGCUACCUGGGACACGACCAGAACAGCUCAUCAAAGGAGAGUUGAUCAACCUGGCCAUGUUCUGCGAGCGAAUGCGAAGGAAAUUCUGGCCCGAGUGGUUUGUGGAGGUGGAAGAUUUUUAUUUCGAUGGAGACAGUGAGAGCAGCAGUGGUGAUGGCUCCCCUGUAGGUCUGCCGGACUUUGGGCUCUUCUCCAGGACUGACACACUGGACGACAGCGACAACAGCAGCCACUCCACUGGACACUUGCACACACCUUCCCCCGAGUCUGACCAGUCGCUCUUUGACUCGGACAUGGGCACGGGGUCUGACAAUGACAUUCAGCUUAAAGAGGAGAUGAUGCCAGACCUAGAGAUUUGACUUUGGCUGACAGCUAAACACUGACAGGAGCCUGGGAUAGUCUAUGCGAUUUUGCUAAUUAAAUCUGGCUGAAAACAACCAGUCCAGAUAACGGCUCGCACAUCUGGAGAAAUGUUUCCAGCGGCUCCACCAUCUAUGUCCAGCGUGUUUCAACUUUACAACAGACCGACUGGGUGUUUAUAUGGAGAGGAAACAAAAUGACCCUUAUAAUUACACAUCAUGCUACGGUAUGUUCUGUCUUCUCCUGUAUUGUCAGGACCGUCCUCAUGGCGGCUACUCUUUGCCUUAUUUGUCUCGUCCUCAGAUCCAGAAGUUGCUAUGAGGUUAACACAAAGUAAACAUCUGAUUGCGCCAAAAGUGCACCAAAGAAGAAAGACUGCUGCAGACAAGACAGGUGGCACUUCACUAGCUAUGAAAUGAUGCAACUAAUCACCACUCUGCCAUGUGUCAUAACACGGAAACCCAUUCAAACAGGUGGCGAUUGAUCAUGUGGCUAAAAGGGAACAGCUGCUGUGUCUCUGUUGUUUACCAUCCAUGUGCUGAAUAGUAAACACGGAUGACAUUGAGUGCCACUUCAUAUCCUACAUUGAUCCCUGUGUCAUUUCCUUGAUGCCUCUGUAUGUGGGGGGAAUCUGUAUCAAAACGUGGUGUCAGAAUCAUAGGCAUGUAGGUCCAUUAGAUAGAAGGAAAAGAAGGAAAGAUGAGCAGAUUUGUGCCUCUUUCAUUUUAAAGUUAUCAUCUCUAUUUAAUCUUCAGUGGGUAAUUAUCUGCUUGCACUUUGUUGUCUUUAUGCUUAGUUUUUCAUGAUAUUUUCAGCACUCGUGGUGCUAUUGCAGAGGUGUAGUUUUCAUAUUCAACCACUAGAUGGAGGCAGCAGUCAACUUGAUGUCCUCCCUGUUCUGUAACAAACUUUUAUUCCAACAGGACAUGCACUUUGCUUAACACUGCAAAAUUUUUCUUCAUAGCUCACAUUUAUAGUUGACCUGUCAGAGAGUGUGUAGGUGUUAUGUGCAAGUGCAUGAAUACUUGCAUACUUCAACUGGGUGCAGUAACACACCAGCCUUAGUGCUCUGUGUAUUUAUCUAAAGGUAAAACUAAUCUGCGACAGUUUUUGUUAUUUAUUUAUUCUCAGUGCCAUUUGAUUAUUAUGCUUUCUAUAU